UGAAGGUUAGUAGCAUAGUGUCAUUGUUGGAAGAGAAAUUUACUUUUUAUGAUUUUUCUUUUUAUAUUUAUAAGUCAGGAUAACUGUUUUGUGAAUACCCUCAGCUAUUAUAUCGCAAAAUGUACCAGACAGUUAUUGUGAUUGAUUGUGGAGGUAUUGAAUCAAGUAUACUUUUCAGCUUAGGCUGCUCUUCAAUCUGUUAAUUUAAGCGCUGUUGCAUAAAGCCAGGUUUGCAUGCCAAGUUAUAUAAUCAAUUGAAAUUUGAUUGCUAUAGAACAAAUGAUUAUUAGUGGUUUUGUGUUUCAUUUUGUUACUUGUUGUGUUGUAUCUUUACCCAGGAUGAUCCUUUGUCUGCCCUCGAUGUCCAUGUUGGUAAGACACUGUUUGAAGAAGGUAUCAUGAACCUGCUCAUCAAAAACAACCAGACUGUUAUCUUGGUUACACAUCAGCUGCAGUACCUACAAGAGGCCGACAAGAUCCUAGUGAUGCAGGAUGGUCGUAUUAAGCAUCAGGGUACGAUGGAAGAGAUAGCUGAAGCCGAUCCUACACUCUAUAAUAGCUGGAAAGAAGCUAUCAACUAUGUAUCAGAAGUAGAGGCAGACCCAUCUGGUAAUGAAUCUGAAUCAGAGACUGAACGUAAGAAGCUCAAAAGACAAAUCUCAAGGCAGAUGACUGUAGAGGAAGAAGAAAAGAAGAAAGCUGGUAGUGAAGAGGGUAAGCUGAUAGAGAAGGAAGAGAUGGAGAGAGGAUCUGUUUCCUACAGAGUCUAUCUUUAUUACCUUGGAGCCAUCACAUAUCCUGUUGUCCUUAUCGUUACAUUCUUUAUCUUGAGUCAGUCUGGCAUACGGAUUGGAACAAACUUCUGGCUCUCAAAAUGGUCAGAAUCCAACUUAGACCCAAAUGCAACCAAUGAUGAUCUGACAUAUUGGAUAGGUGGUUACGCUGGUCUCUCCUUCGGCACCAUUGCUGCCCAGCUGAUAGCAUCAGCUCUCUUGGUGUUUUCAUCUCUCAUAGCUGCUAAGAGUCUUCAUCUAGCUAUGCUUCAUACCAUCAUCAGGGUGCCUAUGAGAUUUUUUGACACCACACCUAUUGGACGUAUCAUCAACCGUUUUUCCAAUGACACUCAGAUAGUUGACAUGAAAUUGAUCAAUACUUUGAAUGGCCUGCUUGGUAGUAUGAUGAAUUGCUUGUCUGCCAUUGUCGUCAAUGCAGUUGUGACACCUAUCUUCUUAGCAAUAGUGUUUCCUGUUGCCGUUGCAUACAUAUUUCUUCAAAAGUACUUCAUCACUACUUCAAGGGAACUUCAGCGUCUUGACAGUGUAUCUAAAUCCCCAGUGUUUGCCUAUUUCUCUGAGACUUUAGGUGGACUGGCUACUAUCAGAGCAUAUAAUUCCCAGAAGACUUUCUACCGUACAAUAAUGGAGCGUAUUAAUGUCAACAACACAGCUUAUCUGUACCUUCAGACCGCCAACAGAUGGUUGGCAGCAAGGCUGGACUUUAUUGGUGCUCUUGUUGUACUACUAGCAGGAUUAACAACAACUAUUAGUGCAGUUGUUUUUGGUGGUGUUCCUGCCAGUGAAGUAGGUUUAGCUAUCAGUUAUGCUCUUCAGGUGUCUGGAUAUCUCAACUGGGUAGUACGGAGUGCAGCUGAUACAGAGAUGCAGAUGAAUGCUGUGGAACGUGUCAAGUAUUAUAGCUCUCUCAAAAGGGAACAAUAUGAAGGAUUGGAACCACCUCUCAAUUGGCCUCAUAGAGGUCAGAUUUCAAUUGAUAAUGUGAGUGUGAGAUAUGCAGCAGAUUUAGACCCAGUACUACAGGAGGUAUCAGUUAACAUCCAGGCUGGAGAGAAGGUUGGAAUAUGUGGUCGUACUGGAAGUGGGAAGUCAUCUCUCACCCUAGCUCUCUUUAGGAUUAUUGAUAUUUUUAGAGGUCGUAUUUUGAUUGAUGGGAUAGAUGUUGCCACCGUUCCUUUGACUACACUUCGUCAGCGACUGGCAAUUAUACCACAAGACCCAGUGCUCUUUACUGGAACCAUCAGACGUAAUUUGGAUCCUGAGGAGAAACGCACUGAUCAGCAGCUUUGGCAGGCCCUGGAAAUUGCCCAGCUUAAAGAUGUUGUUGGAAAUUUGGAGGAAGGCCUAGAAUCCAAGGUAACAGAGGGAGGAGAGAACUACAGUGUUGGUCAACGUCAGCUGUUCUGUCUUGCCCGAGCCUUCUUACGUGAUUCUCAGGUCUUGAUAAUGGACGAGGCUACAGCAUCUAUUGAUAUGCAGACUGAUCAAAUCUUACAGGAUGUUGUGGCUUCAGCUUUCGCUGACAAGACUGUUCUUACAAUUGCACAUCGGAUUGCUACCAUCUUGAAUUCAGACUCCAUCUUGGUGCUAUCAGAUGGAAGGGUUAUUGAGUAUGAUUCUCCUGACAAUCUCCUAGCUCGGGAAGACAGUGUCUUUGCAUCCCUUGUCAAAGGAAGUCAAUAAAGAAAAAUAAAGUGUCAAUUCAUCAUCUUGGAACUCAUAGAGUAUGAUCUGCCUGACAGUUUCCUAACCUCUGAAAAUAAUAUCUUUGAAUCCUUGUCAAAACUAAUCACUAAAGACACUUUUUACAAGCAGCUAUAUAUAGUAUGAAAAGUAACUAUUACAUUGAAAUAUUGUAUUUAUAUGAAUGGCACAAAGUUAAGUUGAAUAUAGCACUAUGAACCCAACUAUGGCCACAAGUUACCUCAAACUUGAUCCACAAACAUUGGGUAUGAUAGUGCAGAUCAUUGGGUAUGAAAUAUUCUGAUAAUCUCUUGGUUUUAGAGAUCAUUUCUUUUCAAAGGUUGCCAGUAAUUAUUAUCCACUAAUUCAAACUCAUAGUGAUUAGUCUUGCAAUGACUCCCUCAUUGUGAAUCUUGAAAUAUAAAUGCUUCAAUAAAUUACUAUAUUUAGCAGAGCUGCUGGCAUUACAUGUUUGCUGUAAUUAUUACAGUUUUACUGCGAAAUAACAGCAAUAUACAUACUUAUGAUUUCCUUACAAAAAUAUUGAUAUAUUUUAUUGAGAAAUCGUCUCUAUAUGUCUUUAUUUCAUAAAACUAACACAAGUGAAAGCGAUUGAAUGAAUGUAAUUUCAGGAAACUCGGGUCAUUUUGGGGUCCAUAUAUUAAAAUACAGUUUUGGGGAUCACUGAAUAGUUUCUCAUUCCCAGAGAUUGACAAGUGUGAUUUAAUGUGCCAUAAAUUAAUAAAGAAAAUAAGUAGUACAAUCAUGAAUAUUAAAGCAGAAUGAAACCCUUGAAACCAGCUGAAUCCAUAUCAAAGAGAAAAAUCAAAGAAACAUAUUGUUGAAAGUUUGAGGAAGAUUGAAUGAAUAAUAAGAAAGUUAUGAGCAUUUGAAUAUUGAGAUCACUAAUGCCAUGUAGAUCCUCCCAUUGGCAAUGCAACCAAGAUCUGUGAUGUCACACACGUACAACUCCCUCAGUACUUUAGUACUUAUUUCACUUAUAUUCUCACUUUUAUAGAGUCUAUCACAAGGUGAGGUGUUCUCUUUAUGAAAGGACAAGUACAGAGGUUUCACAACAUUAUAGCAUUGAUGAAUCGUUUGUCAUAUGAUUAGAAUGAGCAAAAAGAGAUGUUUUGGGGUAUAUUUUCAGUGUCCAAAAGGGGAGAGUUGUUCAUCUUUGACAUCAUAGAUCUUGGUCGCAUUGCCAAUGGGAGGAUCUCCAUAGCAUUAGUGAUCUCGACAUUCAAAUGCUCAUAACUCUUCUAUUGCUUGUCCUAUUUUACUCAAACUUUUGUUGAUCUUACUCUUUGAUUUUUCUGCUUUCACAAAAGCUAACUUGCUCCAAGAGUUUCAUUCUCCUGGGUUUUCAUUUGAACAGCACAAUAUGUACAUGUAACACAUUUUACGGGUAGUCUUAGAACAAAUCAUUCAUAUAAUAAUACAAUAUAAAAUCCAAAUUCUCUUGCAUUUUUUGUGUGGAUGAUUUGUACAUUUGUUCUAGUGUGUAACUCCCUUAUUACGGUCAUAUUCAUAAAUGAAUGUUAAAUAAAAAUGGUGAAAAUACUAAAGACCCAUCUUAGUCUAUUUGUUCACCUAUAAAACUUCAUGAAGAAAAAGUUAUUUCUUUGUAAUUAAAUAAUAAACAUGGUUUGUUUUAACACAUACAAUGACAGAAAUAUCAACUUUAAUAAAAAAAUUGUCAGUCAUGAUGUUUUGCUGUUGCUAUGAACUGAACCUCUGAGUUGCCAAAAUUAUAGUGAGAGAAAGUUUUGAUAUAUGCUAUUUCACAUGGAGGACAAAAUUGAAGUUUGAAGGGAAAAUGCAUAAAAAUGGUAGCUGACAAUGUAAUAUGCACACAAGAUGACCUGAAUAUCAUUGUUGCUAUCAGUUUAUUGCUAGCAAAAGCAAGACAUAUAAUGUAGGCACAGCUGUCAACAUUGGAGUCUUAAAACCACUGCAAAUGGAUAAGUGUAAUUUAAGGGCACUAGGCCAAGAUCAAACAAAGCUUAUUUGGGGAUACUAAACUGGGAUCAACAUCAAAAAUUUAUCCAAAGGCCAAGAUUUUGAAUUAUCAAGAUAAUUUUGAAAUCUUAAAUCCUUAUUCAGUCAAACUUAAAUUUAAUGGUAAUCAGGCAUCAUUGAUGGCAUGAGUCUACUGAUACAUGUGGGUUACUGGGUCAAGGUCAACUGUCAUUUCAGACAAAUCAAAUGAUAAAACUGUACAUACAUGUAUUAAAAAAAGUAAAAUGUUUUGAUUUCAACACUGCUGCUAUAUUGAAUUGUGUAAUGCAGCUGAGACUGCCAGGGGCAUCCCACUUUUUAUGAAAUGUGUAAUUUUUUAGCCAAAUUACAAAUUGAGUUUUAAAUAUGUGAAAAUGAAGAUAAAUUUGUAGCAAUGACAUAUUAAUUGCUUCAUAUAUGCUAUUGUGUAUAUUACAUAAUUUGUAAUGAAGCAUUAUCAAAAUGUACACAAAAAAAUCAAAAGUUUUGUCAGUUUGCAUGAUUUAUGCAGACAGAUUAUCUGUCUGAACAAGGUAUGAUAUAUUUUGCUUUUAUAGCUUUGGAAUUAUUGAAUACAAAAUAGUGAAAAAUUUAAUCGCUUUCAAGUUUAGAUGUUAUCAUAGUAAUAUUGAUGAUAGUAGUAAUUGCUUAUAAAGUGCUAAACUUUUAGUUUAUCAGAAGUCUCUAAAUCACCAUUUGCACCCACAAUGUAUAUAACAUGUAUCAAAGAUUGUUUUUAGUAAAACUAAGUGUUUAACCAUCAUUAACAUUCAUUAUGAAUUAAUAAGUUUGUUGUUUUCGUUUGCAUUAUAACAAUGUGUGAAUUUAUACGAUGUGAGUGCCCUUAUCAAGUAGAUACUUUCAUUUUUCAAGAGCAUAGUGCUUCAGUGUCCUACUGAUUGUUGUAAAGGAAAAUUAUUACAUUUUUUUUCUUAGAUUAUUUACUUUUAUAUCUACUGUAAUUGUCUAUGUAACAGAAUUAUAUUGAGACCAGUGAUUUCCAUUGAUAAUCAUUACAUGCGGAAAUGUAGAAAAUCAUAAAUAUAUUUUCUUCUUUUACCUGCAAAUUCAUUUUGUAAUUAUGUUUAAUUUGUAUAUAUAUGAAGUCAAAUUAAACACACAAUGAUAUUUCACUUUCAGUGCAUAUAGUACUUACAAACAAUUCGGUUUUCAUGUAAUUCUGUUAGGCAUUAACCUUAUGUAUUAUUGGUCACAAAAUGUCUAUUUUGCAUCAAUGCUCUUUCAUCAUUUGUAGUGGAUAUUUGAACCCUAAAUAGACUAGGCUAUUUUGACGCCUCGGGCGACCCAUGGCCGAGAUCUGGGGGGGGGGGGGGGCAUAGUGGCCCCUCUCCCGUAAAAGCAAGCUUUGAAAUACCCCAGGAGUAUUAGGGUUGAAAGGUACAAAGUAUUAAUUUACAUGAAUUGUUUUGUAUUUUCAUUUAACUAUGUUAUCUUUUUGUAUUCCUUCAUAAGUAAAAAAUAAAAAGGAAGCUUUUUCAACCCAAGUAAGGGAAUUUGCAUUAUUAAUGGGAGAGCUAGUAAUUUAUUCAAAUCCUUUCAUUGCGUGCUCCAAAGGUCAUGGUGCAUUUGAAAGACCUUAAUCUUUUCCUGUAAGAAUUCAUAUUGUCCUGUCAAGCACCAUGGCCCUGGGAAGCGGGGGUGCUCUGAAGCUCCCCAAGAUUUCCCUGGGGAUGAUGCGUGUAUUAUUAAUCAUAGGCAGCAUCCCCUGGAAAACUGUUGUGUAUGUUUAAAAGUAAAUAUUGAACAAAAAUUACCUUAAAAUUGAUAAUGCAAAUCUCCUCGCUUGGGUUGAAAAACAAGUUUUUUGCUUACUUAUAAAAGAAUGCUAAAAGAUAACAUAGUUAAAUGAAAAUACAAAACAAUUCAAGUAAAUAAAUGCUUUGUAAAUGAAUUUUGAAAGCAUAAUUCAAAAAUUAUGGCAAAGAUAAUGAAAAGCUUAAGAUGAAUUCUGGUGAUUAGCAAGAUGUCUGAUCAUCAAUAUUUUCUCAUUUUCUUUCUGCCAUUUGGCUCAAGCCAUUUUUUGAACCCCUGACAGAAACGUUCCAUGUGCACUCAAGCAUGAACAAAACUAUUUUUUUUAAUGGCAUUUGAAAGAUUAGACUUCAGAGCAUCUAAAUGAUAUCAAAAUGUACACAUAAUUUGAAACAAAAAUUUGACUUAUCAAAAACUGUCCUGUUUUUUUUUAUAUGCACUGUAUUGAAGGUACAUGUAGUAUAACAUAUGUAUUCAUUUAUAUAUCUUUCAGUAGCCAUA